ACACUAAUCUAGAUUAAUCGAAAUAAUGGGUUCUGAAUACCUACUAGUAAAAUAAAAAAACCUUUUUCCCUUUCUUCUUUGGCAGGAAAUAACUAGAUUUUACAUAAUAAAGAGAUAACAAAUAUAUAAACAACAACUACAGAUAUUAACCUUACUUCUAGAUGUAAAGGAGAAGAGAGAAGAGCGAAAACCAUAAAUGUGCUGUCUUACAUAGUCUUUUAUGGCAAAACACACAAUUUUUUGUUAGAAACAAUCUUGUUAUAUUUUUCCAUAUUAUAUUUCAUUGGGAAACCAAAAAAAGAAAGUUAUAGCUAGGAUGGGAAGAGGGAAAGUAGAAUUGAAGAGAAUUGAGAACAAAAUAAAUAGACAAGUGACCUUUGCAAAGAGAAGAAAUGGAUUCCUCAAGAAAGCUUAUGAACUUUCUGUUCUUUGUGAUGCUGAAAUUGCUGUUAUUAUCUUCUCUAGUCGUGGCAAGCUCUAUGAAUUCUGCAGCAGCUCAAGCAUGUCCAUGACAUUGGAGAGAUACCACAGAUACAAUUAUGGUGCACUUGAAGGAAGCCAACCUUCAGCAGAUUCACAGAACAACUACCAGGAGUAUUUGAAGCUUAAAACAAGAGUGGAAGUGUUACAACAGUCUCAAAGGCAUUUGCUUGGAGAGGAUUUGGGACAAUUGAACACAAAAGACCUGGAACAACUUGAGCGUCAAUUGGAUUCAUCGUUGAGGCAAAUAAGGUCAAAAAGGACACAACACAUGCUUGAUCAACUUGUCGAACUUCAACAAAAGGAACAAUCUCUUACUGAAAUGAACAAAUCAUUGAGGAUCAAGUUGGAAGAACUUGGUGUUGCUUUUCAAACAUCAUGGCAUUCUGGGGAGCAAAGUGUACAGUAUAGACAGCAGCAGCCUGCUCAGCCUGAGGAAUUUUUUCAACCUAUGGAUUGCAAUAAUACAUUGCCUAUAAGUUACAGGUACGAUACCGUGCCACCAGAACAUGCAGCACCAUCAGCACAUGAUGCCACUGGAGUUGUACCUGGAUGGAUGCUUUGAGCUGAUCAGAGCCAAAGGACUGAGAAAUAACUCCUAUUUCUUUAAUUUGUAACAGCUAUUUAUUACAUAAGUUAGAAAGAAAAAGAAAACAAUAUAAUGAUGCUGUCAUACAAAUAGAGCUCCACUGUUGAAAAAAACCUACUGUUUUCAUGUUUAACUAGCUAGCAAACACUUUGGAUUAUGCAGGGCUGUAUUUAUGACCUAUAAAUGGUUAUAUAUUGUGAAUGUAUUUAUUAUCAAGAAAGGUCUGGCAACAACACUAUUUAAUAAGUCAGAGGAGCAUUUCUGAAUUACUCUUUUACUUCUUUUCC